CCUUGUCAGAAUGAUUGGAUAAUUAUGAUGGCAAAAAAACAGGAUGUACGGAUCCCAAGCUACAGCAUCAGUGUCGUGGGAUUAUCUGGAACGGAGAAAGAGAAGGGCCAGUGUGGGGUUGGGAAGUCGUGUUUCUGCAAUCGAUUUGUCCGCCCUAAAGCCGAUGAAUUUCAUCUGGAUCACACCUCUGUCCUCAGCACCAGUGACUUUGGGGGCCGUGUUGUUAACAAUGACCAUUUUUUAUAUUGGGGUGAGGUUGGUAGAACGGUGGAGGAAGGAGUUGAAUGUCGAAUUCAUGUGGUGGAACAAACAGAAUUCAUUGAUGAUCAGACUUUUCAACCGCAUAGGAGCACUGCCCUACAACCCUAUAUUAAACGUGCUGCAGCUACCAAAUUGGCAUCUGCUGAAAAGCUGAUGUACAUUUGCACUGACCAGUUGGGUCUGGAACAAGACUUUGAACAGAAGCAGAUGCCAGAAGGUAAACUACUGAUUGAUGGUUUCCUUCUUUGUGUAGAUGUCAGCCGGGGUAUGAACAGGAAUUUUGAGGACCAACUUAAGUUUGUCACAAACCUGUAUAACCAAAUAAUAAAAACAAAAAAGCCCAUUGUGGUGGUGCUGACAAAAUGUGACGAAGGUGUGGAAAGGUACAUACGUGAGGCACAUUCCUUUGCCAUGGCAAGAAAGAACCUCCAAGUAGUGGAGACAUCAGCUCGAUCGAAUGUCAAUGUGGAAUUGGCCUUUAGUACUUUAGCACAGCUAAUUGACAAAAGCAGGGCAAGGCCCAAAAUAACUCCAUACUAUGAAGCUUUGAAACAACAAAGUCAGUUAAUAGCUCAUGGAAAAGACAAGUAUGAAUUUAUCAUUAGCCACUGUGUCACCCAUCAUAAUGAAAGUUGGAUGAAUGCCACUAGGAAAAUGCAAAUGAAACCUGAAUUCCAGGAGUAUGUGGAUCUAGAAGGAACUCUGAAGGCCAAAAAGCUGUUUGCACAGCAUGUCCUGAUGCUCAAGGACAAGCACAUUGAACACUUAAAGAACAAGUACCUUAACAGACUUGUGCUUGCUCUUGAUGCCCUAUUUCCAGAUCUGAAUGAGAUCGAAAACUUGAACUGGCCCAUAGCACAGCAGAGAUUGAAGACCAAACAGGACUUCUCAACCUGGUUUAUUGUCCUUAAUGAGACACCAUGGGAUAAAACCGAUCAUAUUGACAAAGUAGAUGACGACCGAAUUCCAUUUGACCUGCUGGCUGGAAAAUGUGCAGAAGAUCAAUUCAGAAAGCAUUUGGAGAAACUGAAGAAUGAAAGAAAGAGAGCUGAGAUGAGGAAAGCUUUCAAGGAAAAUCUGGGAUCAUCUCCUUUCAUAACCCCUGGAAAACCAUGGGAAGAGGCUAGAAGUUUUGUUAUGAAUGAAGAAUUUUAUCAGUGGCUCCAGGAGCCUGAAUACCAAGAUAUUUACAGUAGACAUCAACGUGAGAUCAUUGAUAAAGCCAAGGAUCAGUUUCAGGAAUUGCUUUUAGAGUAUUCUGAGUUGUUUUAUGAAUUGGAAUUGGAUGCAAAGCCCAGCAAGGAGAAAAUGGGUCUCAUUCAGGAUGUUUUGGGUGAAGAACAACGAUUUAAGGCACUUCAAAAGCUGCAAGCUGAACGGGAUGCCCUCGUCUUGAAACACAUUCACUUUGUAUACCAUCCAACAAAAGAGACUUGUCCGAACAGUCAGAAAUGUAUGGACAGUAAAGUUGAACAGUUGUUGGCUGCCCGAUUUUACCGAUUUUCUGAUCGAAGUCUUGUGAACUCUCAUUCGCACUCUAGUGCUGACAAACUCAACCUUGUACUUCUCGGCAAGGAUGGGCUUGCACAUGAACUGGCUAAUGAGAUUCGAGCCCUGUGUACUGAUGAUAAGUAUGUGCUUGAGGGUAAAAUGUAUGAAUUAUCGUUACGACCAAUAGAAGGAAAUGUGAAACAUCGGGUUAAUUCUUUUCAGACAUCGACCUUUCAACCUCAUGGUUGCCUUUGCCUCUACAACUCCAAAGAAUCACUGUAUUACAUAAAGGAGAGCUUAGAGAAACUGAAAGAGUCGACGUUAGACCGAAGGGACAAUCACUUAGCACAGCUGCCUCUAACUCUAGUUUUAGCAAACAAAAGGGAGAGUGGUGGAGAAACACUACAAACAUUGAGGAACCAUGGCCAACAACUUGCCAAUAAAUUGCAAUGCCUUUUUGUUGAUGUAACUUCUCACAGUGUGGGUUCUGGGCGAAACUUUAGUGAAUUGCAAAUCAAUCAGGCUUUGAAAGGCUUGUUGGAUACCAUGAAACGCAAUUUGAAUCUAGUUAGUGCAUCCCCCAGCAUUAAAGACUUAACUGAUGCAGAACUUCGAGUAGUCAUGUGUUUGAUGUGUGGUGAUUUAUUUAAUGUGGAUGAAGUCCUCCUCUCCAUCAUUCAACCUCAUUUUUGUAGUUCAUUGCAACCUGGGAACAGCAAUUCUGUAAUGCUUGAAUUAACAAUUGGAGCAGUACGCAAAAGUGUUGAAGUAUCAAUUCUUUCUUAUCAUUCCUCUUUCAACAUAAGGAAAAACCAGUUAGUCCAUGGAUACAUUGUGUUUUAUUUAGCUAGGCGCAAGGCUUCUUUAGCGAUGCUCCGUGCGUUUCUGUCAGAUGUGCAAGACAUCAUACCCAUUCAACUAGUAGCUAUCACUGAAGGAACUGAGGUGUCAGAGAGUGAUGUCUCACGGGACCAGCUUGAAGAAGGCCAGGAAAUUGCUCAUGAGAUCAGUGGUAGGUUUACUGCAAUAUCUAGUGGACAGCCAUUCCAGCACAAUGCUGAGAUUUUUGCUAAAUUUUUCAGAGAUGCAACUGAAAAGAAAAUCUUCGUUGAAGCUUCACACAUGUAUGACAAUGCAGCAGAAGCAUGCAGCAACCCAGAAGAAGUGUUUAAUUUUUCUCCCAGGCCAGGCUCACCACUCAAUAAUUCAAACUGCUUUGACUAUGAUGAGGAUAUUGAAGGCCCGCCACCCUACGUUGCACUUCAAGAUGAAACUUCUGGGCCUCUAUUGGCAAAAGAGCAACCUAAGCUCUUAAUGGACCUUGAAGGGAAUGACAACUAUUCUCUAUACAGCACUCUCAGCUCUUUUGAGAGGCUAAAUAACAAAGUACCUCCUCCUGUAAAACCAAAGCCAAUGGUACAUUUUGACAAACUGAUGAAGAAAAUGGAUUCUUCUGAGGGAAAAGAACCAGCCAGCAAAGAAAUGCCGAGAAAGCCUUCAACUGUAAGUUGGGCACCUUCUGACGAUGGAUCAUACACCUCUGAUUAUGCAGAACCAAUUGACACUUUGGUGAGACCAAGAGGGGAUGAAGAAAAUAUCUAUUCAGUACCACAUGACAGCACCCAGGGCAAAAUUAUUACAAUUCGGAAUUCCAUUUCUGCAAAAUCACAAUCGAAUGGAAGUGGUAAUGGGUCAGACAGUGAGAUGGAUAUCAGCUCUUUGGAGCGCCAGAGAAAACUUUCCUCUGUGAGCAAACCAUUGUUGUACAGAGACCGAUCCAAAAGAUUAGGCAGGUUUGCAAGUUAUCGAACAAGUUUCAGUGUUGGCAGUGAUGAUGAACUUGGGUCUCUGUCAUCGCAGAAAAAAGCAGAAGCUGAUUCGUCACUACCUAAGGGAGACAAUACAACUAAUACGUAUGAGACAGAUGGAGAUGAGUCAAAGCGAGGGAAGCUCCUUCGUAGUUUGAGAAGGCCAACAUCAAGGUUUGAGAGAGCUACACUGGCAGCACAAACGGCUUUUUGUUAACCAUGGCAUAUUUUACAACUUAGCAAGGUAAACC